GCCCAGCCCCCGCCCUCUCUCUCUACAUCCCGGACCACCGCCCGGGAGGCGGGAGAGCGGCGCCCGCGCCGCCGAGGCUGGCUCCAGCGGUCACGUUCGUCCCCUGCAGCUUUUGCAGUCCCCUCCUCCCUCCUCCCCGGCCCGGGUCUGGAGGCGAUUCCCCUCUAGCGACUGAGCCGAGCGUUUCUGGGCGAGCGGCGCUUCGCCCCCUCCCGGCUUUGUCUCCUCCUCCGGCGAGGCUCCGGGCCCGGAGCAGGGUCUGCAGCGGCCGCCGCAGCGGCGAGAGCCCAGCGGUGCCUCGCGGCGCGGCCGCCCGGGGCCGCACCCUCUCUCGGCGGAGGCGCCGGAGGACAGCGGCCCAGCCACGCACCGCCCGCGUCCCGCGCACCAACGCCGCAGCCGCCGCGGGAGAACCAGCCCACCCGGCCGGCCGGGUCCGAGGCCGGCAGCCCCGCUGGCAGUCGGGUGGGGACGGCGGCUGCUACGGGUCUGGCAGUGCUCCCCGCGCUGCGAGGAUGGAGCAGCCACCCCGGCCGCGGACCGGCGCAAGGUAAGGUGCAAACGCCUGUUGCUUUUCGCAAAGCGCGGCAUCGUCCCCUCGGCCCGGGCGCCUAGGCCAUCCCUCCCGGCACCGGUAGAGGACAACUAUCACCCCAUUUCUGAGCCUUGUCCAACCCCCGCCCCCUCCCGGUUCCCUGGCGCAGAUCCUUGGAGAGAUUCCCUCUUGGCGAGUUGGGGGCGGGGGUGGGUGGUCUACCCUCUUUGCUCGCGUGCCGCUGGCUGCAGUGCAACAGUCUGCAAACUUUUGUGCCCCCUCCCUGCGUGCUGCUCAGCCAGUGCGGUGCAAGUUGCGUGUCCAGUUCUCGCUUGCGCCCUUCCCCCACUCCUCUCCCCACCCCACCCCGAACCUCCCCUCGCCCUAGGCAUCUGCCUGUUUCUCCGUGCGUUCUUGCCAGCCGACUUUUCGCUCCCUGCAGCUCCCGCUAGAGAGGCGAGGGUUUGGGACCCGGCGGGGCUGAUCCUGCCCGUAGGGGUUGAGUGGGAGCGGAGAUGGAGAGGUAGUAUAGGUGGGACGUGGGGGAAGGCUGCCCCCGCCCCUGGGGCUCCGUCCGGCGCGGCGGGAGUCGGCCCGCUCUUCCUUUUGCCACCUCCAGCUCGGGAAUGAACCCCCUGGAGUGGCUCGAGGCUGUGCGCCGUGGGAAGGCAAGUGCAGCUGCGGGUGGGUGAAGUAAGUGGUUAGGGGAGGAACAGGGUGCUGGUGAGGCGGGGGGAGGAAGCUGAGGAUGGGUACGGAUCUGGUUGAGGGUGGGACCAAAAGACUCUGCCAAAGGGGGCGAGGGGCCGGCUCCGGGCCGCCUUCAGACGUGGAGGAAAAGGAAUUUGAGCCUGUGGGGGGGGGGACGGGUGCGUACAGACAGAUGGCGGAGGGGUUGAUACCUGAGAAACGCAGAGGGGCAGACCCGAGCCCUGGAAUGCCGGGCCCCGGCGGCCUUGGGAAGGCAGGCUUCUGGGUGCCUGGGAUGGGGCGACCUUUCUCCCCGGGAGAAACAGACCUCCCGAUUCUGUGUACGUUGGCAUCUUGGGCGGUGACUGAGUGAUCAGAUCAGGGACCAGGGGAGCUUUUCCCUGCUCGAAGAGGACUCCCGUGUCCCCUCCUUUCUCCGACACCGGCUUCCACACCCUUCCACUUCCCACGCCCACCCUCCCUGCCCCGCGCCGGGGAGUUAGGGAUGUUUCCACGGCCGCAGGGUGGGAAGGGGAUUCCGGUACUCCGGCGGCAGUCUUGGGUGGUGGGUUGGGGAGAGUCUCAGCGCCUGGCGAGUAGACCUCGGUCCCAACUGGUUGGAGGACAGCGCAGGGGGCGGAGGCUGCAGUGGGAGCCCCCGCCCCCCUCUCCCGCCCCUCCCCACCUCGCACCUGGGCGGAGCGAGGGACCCAGGGAGCCCCAGACGCCCGGGAGGCUCGGUAGCGCGGCACUGGAGGGCGUGCGGCGAAACGCAGGGCGCUGGGCUAAGGAGUGUGGGCAUCGGGUGAGGGGAGGCCUGGCUCCCAGACCCGGGGCCCCAGGCAGAGGUGCGUCUGCCCAGCUCUCCGCCCCCCCAGGUAGAUCCUCUGGUUGUUGCAGACGCUUUGGCGGAUGCGGAAAGGCGAGGCGCUUUCCUCCUUUGCACCCCAGCAAUCUAGAAGGGGGCCUAGACUGCUGUGGCGAGGCAAGGGCAGUCCCUGGGAUCCACUGAUGCUGGCGGGGAACACCCCGGGCUGUCAAAGGCCUGGAAGCAUCUCAUUUAACCUUUCUCUCUCUGAGGAGGUGCACGCCCCUCUCAAAGUGGCGCCUUGGGCUGAGAAUCCAAUUCCCGGCUGGUUCCUCCUGUCUCCAUAGGAGGCGAAUUUGGAGGUUGCGUAGGUCAGGAGCCCCGUAAAUCCCUCUAGUCCUUCCUGUGCAGCUCUGCCACGUGCAGGCUUUGAGGGGCACCACCGGCUCUGCGGUUGCCCUGCGGACAUCUUCUGCUCUCCGGACCCGAGCUGGGAGAAAGCAGAGCUCAGCGCAGUCCCCUUUUCUGGGCCCUACGCCCUGGCCAGACCCUUCCGGAAGAGACGUCGACUGGCCAGGGCUCCGGAGGAAUCCUGAGUUCGGUCACUCCCAUCCGGGCCCCCCCUGCAGCCGCGAGCUCCCUGUCUCCCUACAGCAAGCUCCAGAGUCCCAGGCAGCGGACAGGGGAUGCCCUCGGAACAGGCUGGGGUGCACCUGCUGAGCGCAAAUUCCACACCCUCCCAGGCCAGGCGUCGAGGGGGAUAGAGCGUUGGCCUCCUCCGAAUUCCCUGGAUAACUGAGGUACCCAAGCAUGGACCGGAAUAAUGAAGGGAUACGUGUAUUAGCUGCAGCCCUUUGAACCACGCAAGAAGGAAACCAACAGUGUGGACAGGGCUGGAAGCGUUACCACACUUGCUUGUUGGAAUAAAUGAAGAAUGGGCUUGUGAUUAUGCUGACAUCCCAGCAUGAAUCUGGUGGACCUGUGGUUAACUCGUUCCCUCUCCAUGUGUCUCCUCCUACAAAGUUUUGUUCUUAUGAUACUGUGUUUUCAUUCCGCCAGUAUGUGUCCCAAGGGCUGUCUUUGUUCUUCCUCUGGGGGUUUAAAUGUCACCUGUAGCAAUGCAAAUCUCAAGGAAAUACCUAGAGAUCUUCCUCCUGAAACAGUCUUACUGUAUCUGGACUCCAAUCAGAUCACAUCCAUCCCCAAUGAGAUUUUUAAGGACCUCCAUCAACUAAGAGUUCUCAACCUGUCCAAAAAUGGCAUUGAGUUUAUCGAUGAGCAUGCCUUCAAAGGAGUCGCCGAAACUCUGCAGACUCUGGACUUGUCUGACAACCGGAUUCAGAGCGUGCACAAAAACGCUUUCAAUAACCUGAAGGCCAGGGCCAGGAUUGCCAACAACCCCUGGCACUGCGACUGUACGCUCCAGCAAGUUCUGAGGGGCAUGGUGUCCAAUCACGAGACAGCCCACAAUGUGAUCUGCAAGACCUCCGUGCUGGAUGAACACGCCGGGAGACCGUUCCUCAACGCUGCCAAUGAUGCUGACCUUUGUAACCUCCCUAAAAAAACGACUGAUUAUGCCAUGCUGGUCACCAUGUUUGGCUGGUUCACCAUGGUGAUCUCGUAUGUCGUGUAUUAUGUGAGGCAAAAUCAGGAAGAUGCGCGAAGACACCUUGAAUACUUGAAAUCCCUGCCGAGCAGGCAAAAGAAAGCCGACGAACCCGACGAUAUUAGUACAGUCGUGUAGUGUCCGAACUGACUGGCAUGGAAAAAGAAAUCCGUUUGGGAUUGCAGUAGAAUAAGUGGUUUACUUCUCUCAUCCAUUGUAAACAUUUGAAACUUUGUAUCUCAGUUUCUUUUGAAUCAUGCCACUGUUGAACUUUUAACAAACAUGACAGCAUAAAUCAUUUUCGUUUCGGUAAUCCACCCCUCAGUUGUACUCCUGGUGGUAUAUUCCUGAGUCAGCUACUUCUCUGAACCUUAGUUCUAUCCAUCUCAGUAUUUAAUAAUGAAAUUUAUUUUUUUAAUUUGAAACCAAAUAAAAGCCUAACUUUGAACCAUG